UAAUGCAGCAGCAGAAGCAGCAGAGGAGGAGGAGGAAGAGGAGAGAGAAGGAGCAGAUGAAAACACAGCUGAUUGCCAUAGAGACACGACAGGUUCCUGUUCAACUACAGACCCCAGAGCCCCAACACUUUGCUCAUUACAAUCCCCCUCUCCUCCUCCUCCCACAAUCCACUGCUGCUUUCCUGUUUAUAGAGGGAGUCAGGUAGAAUUCAUCAAUUGUGGGGCACCCCCCCUGAAUGAGUGAGAGGCCAUGUCUCCCUGUGCAGCCCCCCAAUUCCCACAAUCCCCCCAAUCCCCCCUCUCGCCUGCAUCUUAACCCUUUAACGAGACUCAGGCCGGAGAUUGUUGUCGGGGGAGAAGCCUUGGCCAUGGGAUUCCUACACCAACUGCACCUCCUGCUAUGGAAGAACAUCACCCUGAAGCGGAGGAGCCCGUGGGUGCUGACAUUCGAAAUUUUUAUCCCUUUGGUGCUGUUCUUUAUCCUACUCGGCUUGCGGCAGAAGAAACCAACCAUCCCAGUGAAGGAAGUCUCAUACUACACGGCUGCCCCCCUCACCUCAGCUGGAAUAUUACCGGUCAUGCAGUCUCUGUGCCCAGAUGGACAACGGGAUGAGUACGGGUUCCUCCAAUACACCAACUCCACAGUGACGCAGCUGCUGGAGAGACUAACGGAGGUGGUGGAGAACAGUAACUUGUUUGAUACAGACCGACCCGGUUUGGGAGAAGAACUGGAAUCCCUGAAACAUCACUUGGAAUCACUGAGCAGCGACCCCAGCUCCCUGGAGAACCAUUUCCACAGCCAGUCAGGGUUUACAUUGGACUCGGUGGUGAAGGAUAAAGAUACAUUUCGGGGUUUCCUAAGCCGCAAUCUCUCCCUGCCCAGUGAUGUCGUCGAUUUACUGGCCGGAUCCAACAUAAAUCUGCAAGAGGUCUACCAUCUGUUUUUCAGUUCUCCAUAUCUCUUGCCUAAAGAGCCACCGGACAGGAGUCACUGGGAUGCUGCAACAUCGGUUGGAGAACAUCUCCUCAACUUACCUGGGCUACUUCCAGGGAAAUGGAAGUCAUCGUUGAAGAAGGGGCUGAUUCACAAAGCACUAAAAGACCCCUUAAGAUCAGGGCACAAGUUGGCACUGCUUAGACUUCUGACUCUGGCACUGGGGCUGUCCAUUCCCAACCUGUCAGCUGAAAGCUAUGACCCCCAAGAGGUGGUGAAGGACCUGGAGGAGAUCAUCUUCACCCCUUUUGCCUUGGAAUCUCUGACCUGUGAGGAGAGCUCGGAUGAACUGGGAAGUAUCCUAAAGACUUCAGAGCGCAAGCGCCCCCUGUUGACUCUCUACCAUAAUCUCAUUUGCAACGGUAGCCAAUCAUUGCGCCGGGAGCACUUCAAGGAGCUGGCGGAUGAGCUGAAGGAGCAGGUCGAUGUACAAAAAACAGUCAGCAGGCUGCGGUUGGACGAGGUGAAUGCUACAGUGACCCAACGCCGCCUUCAAUCCCUUCUUGAAGACCUGCUGGAAGUGGAGAAGAUCCUAAAGGAUGUGGACAUUCUGUCGGCUCUGGCCAAGCUUCUUCCUAAGGGGGCCUGUGCUAGCAAGUCUGUUUUGCCCACAGUCAACUCAACCAGCUGGGGGAUCAACUCCACCAGUGGGUUUAACUUCAGCUCCGAAGCUGAAGAAGAAGCUAAGAAGCAAGAGGAUGAGGAAGAUGAUGAGAACCCAAAGAGUCAAUUCUCUGCCUUCGUGCAGCUUUGGGCAGGACUGCAGCCCAUCUUGUGCGGUAUCAACAGGACUAUAGAAAAGGAGGCUUUCAAACAAGGUAACAUGAGUUCCUUGGGGUUCACAAGCAAAGAACAAAGGAAUCUGGGGCUCCUCGUUCACCUGAUGACCAGUAACCCCAAAAUCCUCUACUCCCCUGUGGGCACCGAGGUUGAUAAAGUCAUCCGGAAGGCGAAUGAGACCUUUGCAUUUGUGGGAAACGUGACCCGAUACGCUUGGAUGUGGCUGAACAUUUCGUCAGAGAUCCGUGGCCUGCUGGAAGAAGGGAUCUUACAAAGACGCAUCGAGUGGCUCCAACAGUUCACCAGUGAUCUUCAGAAACACCCAGAGCUGCUUAAUGGUUCAGACAGCGAACUUCUACGUAAGGUCCUUAGUUCCAACUUCACCAUGCCAAACGCCAGCACCCUGCUACAGCAACUCGACACCAUCGACAACGCGGCCUGUGGCUGGACCCGCUUCAUGUCCAAGGUGAGUGUGGACAUCUUUAAGGGAUUCCCCAAUGAGGACAGUAUUGUCAACUAUACCCUAAACCAGGCCUACCAGGAUAAUGUCACCGUGUUUGCAAGUGUGAUCUUCCAGACACAGAAGGACGGCUCACUCCCACCUCAUGUCAUGUACAAGAUACGGCAAAACUCCAGCUUCACAGAAAAGACUAAUGAAAUCCGUAGAGCCUACUGGAGGCCAGGCCCCAACACUGGAGGACGCUUCUAUUUCUUGUAUGGCUUCGUCUGGAUACAAGACAUGAUGGACCGAGCAAUCAUCAAUACUAUUGUGGGACAUGACGUGGUGGAACCCGGGAAUUAUGUACAGAUGUUCCCAUAUCCUUGUUACACACGUGAUGAUUUUCUUUUUGUAAUCGAACACAUGAUGCCCCUGUGCAUGGUCAUCUCUUGGGUCUAUUCUGUAGCCAUGAUGAUACAACAUAUUGUGGCAGAAAAGGAGCAUCGUCUGAAGGAGGUGAUGAAGAUGAUGGGCCUGAAUAACGCAGUACACUGGGUAGCCUGGUUUAUUACAGGCUUUGUACAACUCUCCAUCUCAGUCACUGCUCUGACUGGCAUCCUGAAGUACGGCCAGGUCCUCAUGCACAGCAACGUCUUCAUCAUUUGGCUCUUUCUUUCCAUCUACGCAGUGGCCACCAUAAUGUUCUGUUUCUUGGUCUCCGUAUUGUACUCGAAGGCCAAACUGGCAUCGGCCUGCGGAGGGAUCAUCUACUUUCUGAGUUACGUGCCCUACAUGUAUGUGGCGAUCCGCGAAGAAGUGGCCCAUGACAAGAUCACGGCCUUCGAGAAAUGCAUCGCUUCUCUCAUGUCUACAACAGCCUUUGGUCUCGGCUCCAAGUACUUUGCCCUAUAUGAAGUGGCUGGUGUUGGGAUCCAGUGGCGAACCUUUAGCCAGUCACCAGUGGAAGGAGAUGAUUUUAACUUGAUGCUUUCAAUGAUGAUGCUGAUAAUUGACACUGUGGUGUAUGGCAUCCUCACCUGGUACAUUGAGGCAGUUCAUCCAGGUAUGUAUGGCCUACCCCGCCCGUGGUACUUCCCUUUCCAGAGGUCCUAUUGGCUGGGAAGUGGUCGAAUAGAAACUUGGGAGUGGACCUGGCCUUGGUCCCGCCCACCUCGCUUGAGCAUCAUGGAAGAGGAUCAAGCCUGUGCGAUGGAGAGUCGUCGCUUGGAUGAGACUCGGGGGAUAGAGGAAGAGCCCAGUCAUCUGCCACUGGUAGUGUGUAUUGACAAACUCACCAAGAUCUACAAGACUGACAAGAAGUUGGCACUUAACAAGUUAAGCCUGAACCUUCAUGAGAACCAGGUGGUUUCUUUCCUGGGGCACAAUGGAGCGGGCAAGACCACUACCAUGUCAAUCCUAACGGGUCUGUUUCCCCCAACAUCUGGCUCAGCCACUAUUUAUGGUCAUGACAUCCGUACGGAAAUGAAUGAGAUCCGGAAGAGCCUGGGUAUGUGCCCUCAGCACAACGUUCUGUUUGAUAAGCUGACGGUGGAGGAGCAUCUCUGGUUGUACUCGCGACUCAAGGGGAUGGCGGAAGAAGAGAUACGCAAGGAGAUGGAUAAGAUGAUUGAAGACCUGGAGCUCUCCAACAAGCGCCACUCCUUGGUGCAGACCCUCUCCGGUGGCAUGAAACGGAAGCUGUCUGUGGCCAUUGCUUUUGUCGGCGGCUCAAAGGCCAUUAUUUUGGAUGAGCCGACGGCCGGUGUGGAUCCCUAUGCAAGGAGAGCCAUCUGGGACCUCAUCCUAAAAUACAAACAAGGUCGUACAAUCCUGCUCUCUACACAUCACAUGGACGAGGCUGACCUUCUGGGAGACCGAAUUGCCAUUAUUUCCCAUGGGAAGCUGAAAUGCUGUGGAUCUCCACUCUUCCUGAAGAGUACUUAUGGAGAUGGCUACAAGCUGACUGCUGUCAAGAGCCAGAAUGGCCCAGACACUGGACCUUCCUGUAUCAGUCUCUGCUCAGAGCCUCGAGUAUCUCAGUUCAUAAAGAAGUAUGUGGCCUCCUGCCUGCUGGUCUCUGACACAAACACUGAGCUCUCAUACAUUCUCCCCAGUGAGUCCGUCAGGAAGGGAUGCUUUGAGCGCCUCUUUCAGCACUUGGAGCAGAAUCUAUGUGACCUGGAACUGACCAGUUUUGGCCUGAUGGACACAACCCUAGAGGAAGUGUUUCUCAAGGUCUCUGAAGAGGAUCAGUCUCUAGAAAACAGUGAUGCAGAUAUCAAGGAAUCAAAGAAAGACACCCUGAGACCCCUCAUACAGCCUGAUGGGGGAACAUGCGCCCCACGGACAGAUGUUUUAGAAAAGCCAGAAGUGGAACUCAACAACUUUGCAUCUGGAGCCAAAACCAGCCAAUCCCCUGGAUCUCUACGCUCUGGCUCGUCUUCUUCUGUUGGCUCAGUGCGUGGGGAUGAAGGUGGGGCCUAUGCUGAGUUCUAUGGGGACUACUCCCCCUUAUUCGAUAACCCGCAGGAUGCAGAAAACCUCAGCUUACACGAUCCUGAGAUAGAAGAGCUAGUCUUGGAUGGGCAAGGAAGCUACAAAGUGGAAGGAUCUUGGCUUAAGCUGCGGCAGUUUCAUGGGCUCAUUGUCAAGCGGUUCCACUGCGCCAAGCGCAACACCAAAGCCCUGUUCUCCCAAAUUCUCCUUCCGGCAUUCUUUGUCUGUGUCGCCAUGACUGUGGCAUUGUCUGUCCCUGAGAUAGGUGACCUUCCGCCACUGAUCCUGUCGCCCUCUCAGUAUCACAAUUAUACUCAGCCUAAAGGGAACUUUGUGCCCUAUGCCAACGAGGAGCAACCAGAGUAUAGGAUCAAGUUGUCCCCAGAUGCCGGCCCUCAGCAGCUUGUUAAUACUUUUCACCUGCCAUCAGGCAUUGGGGCCACGUGUGUGCUGAAAACUGCAUUUAAUAGCACUCUGGACCAGCUUGUCCAGUCGCUCAACAUGAACAGCAGUGAGUCGAAGAUGUUGGCUGCUCAGUACUUUGAUGCCAUGUGUGUCGACUCGUUCACCCAAGGGCUACCCCUGUCUAACUUUGUGCCGCCACCACCUUCACCCGCUCCCUCGGAUUAUCCUCCUGAUGAGGACCUCUCUCACCUUUGGAAUGCCACCACCUACCCACCUGAGCCUGUGCAAGCAGAGACCAUAACCUCAACCCCUUCCCUUCCUCGUCGGAUCCAUGAGCCAAUCAGAUGCACUUGUUCUAUGCAAGGCACUGGAUUCUCCUGUCCUAGUGGCGUUGGGGGUCAUCCGCAUCAGAUGAAGGUGGUGACAGGAGAUAUCAUGGUGGAUAUUAGUGGGAGAAAUGUCUCUGAAUAUCUCCUGUACACUUCGGACCGAUUCCGGCUGCAUAGGUAUGGAGCCCUGACAUUUGGCAAUGUGCAGAAAGCCGUCCCAGCAUCCUUUGGUGUAAAGGCUCCACCCGUGUUGAGGAAGAUCGCGGUUAGGCACACAGCCCAGGCUUAUUUCAACAACAAAGGAUACCACAGCAUGCCAACGUACCUUAAUGCCUUAAACAAUGCCCUCCUAAGAGCCAACCUGCCCAAAAGCAAGGGGAACCCUGCAGCCUAUGGAAUCACUGUGACCAACCAUCCAAUGAACAAGACAAGUGCUAGUCUCUCCCUCGAUUAUCUGUUACAAGGCACUGACGUAGUCAUUGCCAUUUUUAUCAUCGUUGCCAUGUCCUUCGUCCCGGCGAGUUUUGUGGUCUUCCUUGUGGCUGAGAAAUCCACGAAAGCCAAACACUUACAGUUUGUCAGCGGCUGUAACCCUGUCAUCUACUGGUUGGCCAACUAUGUUUGGGAUAUGUUGAAUUACCUAGUUCCUGCCACUUGUUGCAUCAUCAUCCUCUUUGUAUUUGACCUCCCUGCCUACACCUCGCCGACCAACUUUCCAGCCGUCCUGUUGCUCUUUCUUCUUUAUGGAUGGUCUAUCACUCCUAUAAUGUACCCUGCCUCCUUCUGGUUUGAGGUUCCCAGCACAGCCUACGUCUUCCUCAUCGUUAUUAACCUCUUCAUUGGCAUCACUGCCACUGUGGCGACCUUCUUGCUGCAGCUCUUUGAACAUGACAAGGACCUGAAAUUGGUCAACAGUUACCUGAAAAGUUGUUUUCUCAUCUUCCCCAACUAUAACCUGGGACACGGGCUGAUGGAAAUGGCCUAUAAUGAGUACAUUAACGAGUACUAUGCCAAGAUUGGACAAUUUGACAAAAUGAAAUCCCCGUUCGAGUGGGAUAUCGUCACUCGAGGCCUGGUUGCCAUGACAAUAGAAGGAUUCGUGGGAUUCUUUAUCACUAUAAUGUGUCAGUACAAUUUCUUCAGAAAACCACAACGGCUGCCCAUUUCCAACAAGCCAAUAGAAGACGACGACAUAGAUGUGGCCAAUGAGAGGCAGCGGGUAUUGAGGGGAGGAGCAGAUAAUGAUAUGCUGAAGAUUGAGAAUCUAACCAAGGUGUACAAGUCAAGGAAAAUGGGCCGGAUCCUGUCAGUUGAUCGCCUGUGUGUUGGCGUCAGACCAGGAGAAUGUUUUGGGCUGUUGGGGGUGAAUGGUGCUGGCAAGACCACCACAUUCAAGAUGCUAACAGGAGAUGAGAGCACAACAGGUGGAGAGGCUUUUAUCAAUGGACACAGUAUCCUGAAGGAGCUCCUGCAAGUCCAGCAGACCAUUGGCUACUGCCCACAGUUUGAUGCCCUGUUUGAUGAGCUGACUGCACAAGAACACCUGGAGUUAUACACCCGUCUUAGGGGCAUUCCCUGGAAGGAUGAGGAGAGGGUGGUGAAAUGGGCAUUGGAGAAACUGGAACUAAGUAAAUACUCAGACAAGCCGGCUGGCACCUACAGUGGAGGGAACAAGAGGAAGUUGUCCACUGCCAUCGCACUUAUUGGUUACCCGUCCUUCAUAUUUCUGGAUGAACCCACCACUGGCAUGGACCCCAAAGCUCGCCGUUUCCUCUGGAAUCUUAUUCUUGACAUCAUCAAGACUGGACGAUCCGUAGUGCUGACAUCACACAGCAUGGAGGAAUGUGAAGCUCUAUGCACCCGACUCGCCAUUAUGGUAAAUGGGCGCCUCAAGUGUCUUGGCAGCAUCCAGCACUUGAAGAACAGGUUUGGGGACGGCUACAUGAUAACCGUGAGGACCAAAUCCAGCAUAAAUGUUAAGGAGGUCGUACGGUUCUUCAACAGGAACUUUCCGGAAGCCGUUCUCAAGGAGCGGCACCACACCAAGGUACAAUACCAGCUGAAGUCCGAACAGGUGUCGUUGGCCCAGGUGUUCAGUAAGAUGGAGCAGGUUCUGGAUGUCCUUGGAAUUGAAGAUUAUUCUGUCAGCCAGACCACCCUGGAUAACGUAUUUGUAAACUUUGCAAAAAAGCAGAGUGAUAACAUGGAGCAGCAAGAGGCCACCCCAAACUGUGCAGCAGCCACGCCUCUGGACAGGGUGCUGAGCCUUCUCAGGCCACGGACAACACCCACUGAGCUCCGGGCUUUGGUGGUAGAGGAGCAGGAGGAUCUGGACACAGACGAUGAAGGGCUGAUUAGCUUUGAAGAGGAGAGGGCCCAGUUGUCGUUCAAUACAGACACGCUCUGCUAGUGGAAAUUCCGCUUAUUUCUGGACGUCUUUUCUCCCAUUCUGCUCUCUGGCUGCCGAAGCACAGCCCCCCAUUUUCCCCAAGAAUGUCUUUGUCUCCCCAACACUGGACGGGGGAGGCGAUCAAGCUAAAUGCAGAACUAGGCUGGACAUUGGCUGGGACGCUGCCCCCUUGUGUUCAAGGUUCAUACUGCUGCUACGGUGCAUGGAAGGUGUCCAGCCCCAAUGUCUUCUGGGUAUCACAAGAGACUCCAUGUUGUUCUGUGUAAUGUAGCUGCUGCUCUGGAAUAAACUCUCCAGGUCGGUCUCAGCGCUGCUUGAUAAAUCCAUCCCAAACUGCUGCAUUUGUGAAAGACACGAGGGACUGCGUGAUUGGCUCCAGGCUCGGCCACCACUGGACUCCUGUGAUUGGGCAGAAACUGGCAGAGAAUUUAGUACUGAACCAAUGAGCAGCCCCCCAUUUCUGCAAUGUCAAAUUUAAAACUCCAGCACCUUCUGAAUUCCAGGCUGGAGGUUCUUUUGCCCCAACACACGUUUUGUUUUCGCUGACUUUUAUGUACAUACCCCCCCCCAUCCGACGUCUUUAUGUUGUGGUUCCAGUUUCAGUGCUGCCCCCCUGCUGUUUCCUUGUGCAAUAUCUGUGUGCCAUGUCAUGGGGGGCUCACAUCAGCGGGGAACAACUAACCCCCCAGUUUUUGGGCAUUUGAAGAUCUGCACUGCCAAACCCGACAGAAAGACAGAGAAAGGGAAAUGUUUGUGUGUAAAUAACUCCCCCGUCACUUUCUUUCCUUUUACAGAAUUGCAAAUGAAAUGACCAAAUCCAUGCACUUUAUAUUGUG